AUGACGGACGUCUCCGAGAUCGUGGCGGCCGUGCGUGCCGACGUCCGCGGGCGGCUGCUGGACUUGCUCGACGAGGUUGCGGGCCGGAAGAUCCUCUUGCUGGACAGCACCAUUGUGGGUCCCCUGGACCUGGUGGUGUCGCCCAGCGACCUGAAGGAUCACGGCGUCCAGCAGUGGUUCAAGCUGUCAGACCAACCAGUGGCCAGUGACUGUGCCCAAAUGGUCUUUUUAGUCCGUUGCGAGCGUGUGGACCUGAUUGAGAUGAUCGCCAAUCAGAUCCUUGCGGACGAGAAGGAACAGAAGGAUCGGCUCUACGUGGUCGUUUUUGUUCCCGAGAAGACGGAGCAGUGCAAGCAGCGCUUGGCGCAGCACCACGUGAAGGCCAAUGUUCGCAUCGCAGAGUGUGCUAUCCAUCACUUUCCCUCCGACAAGGAUGUGCUCUCGAUGGAGACGCCACGGAUGUUCCAGCGCCUUCAUUGUGAGAAUGACCCUUCGGGCCCCUACUACGCGGCCCGCGGGAUCAUGUCGCUGCAGGAGACCUUCGGCACCAUUCCCACCGUCCGCGCCAUUGGCCUGGCUGGGAAGAUUGUGGUUGACACCAUCCAGCGGCUGCGGAAGGAGAAUCAAGCCGGACAGUCGAAGAAGAAGCCUGGCGACGCUGCCAAUCGACAGCCUGGUGUGCCACCUGUGGCCGUGUAUAGCAAGGGAGCUGCCGCCAUGAGGCGGAAAGAAGAUGGCCGAGAGACAGGAAUCGCUGCAGAGGUGGAGUCAGCCGGUGACAAGAGCUCCAUCAGUGAGAUGGUGGUGAUCGACCGGCGGGUGGAUCUGUUUUCGGUGCUUUGCUCACAGUUCACCUACCAGGCGCUGAUCGACUUUGCCUAUGGCAUCCAGAACAAUUCGAUUGACAUCAGUUCUGCCUCCUGGGCGAAGGAGAGGAGUGAAAGUCGUGGGUCAGUGCGGCUCUCACCGGAGGAUGCCUUGUAUCAGGAGAUCCGGGACCUUCGCAUCGACAAGCUCGGGCCGCUGCUCCAGGAGAAAGCCCGGGCGAUCCAGCAGACCUACUCCGAGAAGGACAAUGUGAAGAGCGCCACAGAGAUGACGGAGUACAUCAAGAAGUUCAAAAGUGCUCAGUCGGCACAUCCACUCUUGGAAGUCUACAUCAACUUAGCUCAUGACCUCAACGAGAAGAUCCAGUCUGAGGAGUAUCGUCAGCUCUUGAAGCUGGAGGAUGAGAUCACGGCCCAAAGCACCAGUUCCACCAGCUGUUUGGAGACUGUGCAGGCGAUCAUGGAUGAUCAAAAGCCCUUUCACGAGGCGCUGCGUUUGCUCUGUUUGCAUUCUUUGGUGAACAACGGCAUCAAGAAGCAGCAACUGGACCCGCUGAAGACCGCUUUCAAGCAGUCCUAUGGUUUCGAGCACACCUUGACCCUGGAGAACAUGGAGAGUGCAGGCCUCUUGCGACCACAGAUUGGGAAGUCGGGUUGGGGCAGCAUCAAACGUCAGUUCAACCUCUUCGUUGAGGACGACCUAGCAGACCGUGAUGUGAGUUAUGCGUACAGUGGUUAUGCACCCUUGAGCGUGCGCCUGGUGCAGAUGACGAGGAGUCAACCAAAGGGAUGGAUUGCAGUGAAGGAUGCCUUGAGCUUGCUCCAUGGCCCAGCACAGGAGCUGCAGCAGCCGGCGAAGGAGCCUGAUUCCACCAAGCCUGCAACGGUGCUGGUCUGCUUCCUUGGCGGCGUGACCUACGGCGAGAUCGCCGCGCUGCGGCGCCUGUCGCAGCUCGAGGAGGGCCGACGGAGGUUCCUGAUCCUUACCACUGAGUUCAUCAACCCCAAGAAGCUCUUUGAGUCCAUGUGCUGCGAUGCAGUGCUGAACCUGCCACCCAUCGAGCCGCCGGUGCGUGCGAGCUCCGCUGGUGUGGCGAGCAAAGCCUUUGGGUUCUGGCCAACCUCCAGAUGA